UUAAAAGAUCUAAAAAUAAAGUACUGGUUUCUUCUCCGCAAAGAAUCAUUUGAACUUCCCACUGCAGAACGAGGAGGAAAUAAAUAGCAGUUUUGGCAUAUGGAUGUGAUUUUUGCUUAACAGACAGAUAUACAAAGAAAUGAAGAGACUCGACGCAGACUGAAUGUUUUGCAGAUUAUUUUUUUUUUUUGAAAUUGUGUAAACCACGCUUCGCUGUGAUAUAGGAAAUCAGGCAGCAUUUUUAAGAAUGAACAGUCCCAUGGCACCGACCUAAGCAGCGGAUGAAAACAGCAGUGAAAACAUAUUUUAAAAGGGCAUCAAUUGCUCUAAACUUGAUUUUUGUCAGUGACUCUUGGAGGCUGGACCAAGCUUGUUUAGUUAUGGGAUCAACUCUAUUGUAUCACAGUUUGGUCAUCAUCUUCUGCUCGAUGCUCAGCUGGGUGAACGCUUUGGUAGAUGUUGAUGAUGUUAUCACCAAAGAAGAGCAGAUAUACCUUUUGUUCAAUGCCAAACGGAAAUGUGAGAGGGCCAUCAAAUCAAAGCUGUACAAGGUGUCUGAUGGCCUCUGUCUGCCUGAGUGGGAUGGCAUUGUUUGUUGGCCUGAAGGCCUGGCUGGCAAGACUGUCUCAGCUCCAUGUCCUGAGUACAUUUAUGACUUCAAUCACAAAGGUCGUGCCUAUCGGCGGUGUGACAUGAAUGGUAGCUGGGAGCUUGCUCCAAGCAACAACAGGACUUGGGCAAAUUAUACAGAGUGUGCCAAGUUCCUCACGCACUACAACCAGAACCAUGAGAAGGAAGUCUUUGACCGCCUGUAUUUGAUUUACACUGUGGGUUACUCUGUCUCGUUGGGAUCGUUAAUGGUUGCUGUUGUCAUCCUGGGCUAUUUUAGGCGACUGCACUGUACCAGGAACUACAUCCACAUGCACCUCUUUGCUUCGUUUAUGCUGAGGGCCAUCAGUAUAUUUGUGAAAGAUGCCGUGUUGUAUUCUGGGUCGGCGCUGGAAGACAUGGAGCAAGUUAGUGUGAAGGACCUUAAAUCCAUCACAGAGGCCCCCCCUGCAGACAAGACUCAGUUUGUUGGCUGCAAGGUAGCUGUAACACUCUUCCUAUAUUUCUUGGCAACAAACUACUACUGGAUUCUGGUGGAAGGACUUUAUCUCCACAGCCUCAUUUUCAUGACAUUCUUUUCCUACAGAAAGUAUCUUUGGGGAUUCACUCUCGUUGGUUGGGGUGUCCCAGCUGUGAUUGUCACUGUAUGGGCGAGUGUGAGAGCAAUUCUGGCAGACACAGAAUGCUGGGAUCUCAGUGCUGGCAACUUAAAAUGGAUUGUUCAAGUCCCUAUACUGGCAGCAAUAAUGGUAAAUUUUGUUCUAUUUCUAAACAUAAUCAGAGUCUUAGCAACAAAAUUAAGAGAGACAAAUGCCGGAAGAUGUGACACAAGACAGCAAUAUAGAAAGCUGCUGAAGUCCACACUGGUCCUGAUGCCUCUUUUUGGAGUUCACUACAUUGUCUUCAUGGCUAUGCCAUACACUGAAGUUUCAGGGAUUGCAUGGCAGAUCCAGAUGCACUAUGAGAUGCUUAUUAAUUCAUUCCAGGGAUUCUUUGUUGCUAUAAUAUAUUGCUUCUGCAAUGGUGAGGUCCAGUCAGAGAUUAAGAAGUCCUGGAGCAGAUGGACGUUGGCGCUGGAUUUCAAAAGAAAGGCUCGGAGUGGCAGUACCACAUACAGCUAUGGACCCAUGGUGUCACACACCAGCAUUACAAAUGUAACAGCAAGAGGCUCUUCAGCACUGCAUCACACCACCCACCUGGCACCUGCCUUCAAAAAUGGGCACCGCAACCUACCCGGUUAUGUCAAAAAUGGCUCGGUUUCAGAGAACUCUGUUCCUUCUUCAGGGCAGGAGCUGUAUGUCAAAGAGGAAGAGCAAGAAAACUUGUCUGGACCUUGCAAAGGCAACAAGCCUACUAUAAUGGUGGAGGAGGAAAGGGAAACCGUGAUGUGAAGUACAUUGAUGCUUAAAAAAUACCUCGUUUCCAUGCACCACUCAUCCAGGCUGUAAACCCUGCUGCCCCUGAUACUGCGUUGUUAAUUUAGAAAACCCUCAUUGGCUGCCAAUCCGAGCUGCCCCUGAUUUUUUUUUUUUUUCUGACCCUAUCCCAAAGCGGGAUGGGUGGAAGUAUGUCACAACACUGACCAAUCAAGUGACAAGUGGGGGUAAACAUUGAAUCCACAUCUGGGGUGAGCAGGUUUCUCCAUGCUUUAGUAUUCUCAUAUCAUUUUUUUAGCAACUAAAAGCUUAAAAGACUGAUUGUUGGAAGCAAAGUAAUAGCGCUCAUAAUAGCGUUUUGUAAACUAAUUAAUGCAACCUUACCCACAAGGCUUAAUGGGAAAGAACCGCCAGCAUCCUUCGAAAACUCUGAUUGAUUGGAAACAGAGUUUCUUUCACUCAACUCGGGUAGACUAUCAAUGGGAGUUCAGGAACAAUACGGGAGAACACGGAUCAGCUUGGAUUGGCUGUAAAUCCGUGUUCGUGAGACUCACAAAUGGGCUGGCCACGGAGGAAUUGUUGAUUGAGGUCUGUGGUAGAAAAUGGGACAUUCCAUUAAUGAUCUAAUCAGAGCUACAUGAAAUGACAAAAAGAAAAUCUCUUGGUUGAGGUCUGGUGUAACUCAUGAGUGAGACCAUUUUUACUGGCCCAACUUAAAUUGUCCGCGACAUGUGCAGAACUCUAGUCACGUUCCUCAAAAGGUGAAAUACUACACUUUAUGUAAGGGUACAUUGUUACUGCAUUUGUAGUUUGAUAUAGAUGCUAAAAUUCACUAUAAAUAAAAUACAGUAAAUGCCUGUGACUUACCAUUUGGUUUAACUGAAAGUCUUAAUUUGUAUGAAAGUCGUUUACCUGAUAAAAACUGUUUUAUGAGAGGUAAUUUUCUUCUACAUUAAAAAAAAAAAAAAAAAAAACUGUAAUAACUAUCUAAUAAUUUUUUUGUGGAUGUCUCUUUACCUCAAGUUUUCUUUAUCUUUUCUUUUUUUAAUGAGCUCAUCUGCACAAGACAAGUCUUCUUUAGGUGAUUCUGAGUUACUGCACAAUGGGCAAACAAUUUAACUUGGGAUGGUAAUACUUAAUGAUUAACUUUCAAUCACUUACUGCACCUCCAGGACCUGCUCAUCUAUCGUCUGUAAAACAUUUGCAAAACAAAUGCUGAAAUACUGAUUUGUGAGCCAGCUGAUUUCAAUAAUGUUUUCCUGGGUACCAGUGUUUGAUGUCCACUGCCAGAAAAGCAUGUAAUGGUCAAAUAUCGAUUAAUUUGGUCAAAAUAUCGAUUUAUUGUAUUGGCAUGUUUUGAGGGUUCCUUCACAAAACUGUUCUUAAAACGCAACCUGUGAAUGGGGUAUAUUUCCAAAAAUUGGAUUGGAAUAGUUCUAUUUUUGUUUAGCUAAUAUGAUUCUGCUCCCUGAAGUGGGUGUGUAUGUGUUGUGUAUAUAGUGUACAUGUAUAUCCAUGGACAAUGACGAUGGAUGUCUCUUUUGUUAUCUGAAAAGAGUUGCAUGUUCUGUGUCUCACCUGAUGAUGGCAGUCUGCAGUUGCUUGUGUUCUCUGGUUCCUUUGGCUGCUUGUGUUGGGGUGGGAAUG